UUUCUGUUUUUUUUUAUAAGUAUUUAGCUACCUACUAUCUAGUUUGAUCUCGUAUAAUCUCAAUUACACGUCAGUGUUUAUGUAUUUAAAUGGUGAUUGGUUUUAUUGUUUAUACAACUGUAUGAUUGAUAUAGUUACAAUAAGGAGAUAAUAAGAUUAAUAUAUAAUAUUGUUUUUAUCAAACAUCUAUAAUAAAAAAUAUAAUCUCAUAAUAAUACAAAGAAAUGGUAUUUCUUACAAAUAUUUUAGGUUAUGUUAUAAAAGUACCUAGAAAACAUUUACGCGUUGGAUUCAUAGAUUCUUUACGUCUUAAUGUAAAAGGAGGUACCGGAGGAUCCGGUCUUCCUCGAUAUGGUGGAAAAGGUGGUUCAGGUGGUAACGUUUAUGUUGUGACAAAAAAAGAAUUGACGUUAAGACAUGUUAAAACGAAAUGGAAAAAAGUAAAUAUACAUGCUGAAGCAGGUACCAGUAGUUCCAGUAAAGGAAUUCUAGGAAAAUCUGGUAGUGAUAUAAUUAUUGAAAUUCCGUGUGGUAUAACUAUCUUUGAUGAUAAUGGUUUAAAGUUAGGAGAUUUGAAUAAAGACGAUUUAAAGUUAUUAGUGGCAAAGGGUGGUCUUGGUGGUUGUCCAGAAACAGGUUUUUGUGGUCAGAAAGGACAAAGCAGGACAAUAAUACUUGAUUUAAAACUGAUUGCUGAUGUGGGUUUAGUUGGAUUUCCCAAUGCUGGAAAAAGUACAUUUUUACAUGCUAUGUCUAAAGCACGUCCAAAGAUUGCACGUUACCCGUUUACUACUUUAAAACCGCAAUUAGGUACUAUGGUUUACGAUGAUCAUAGACAAAUAACAGUUGCAGAUUUACCAGGUUUGAUCGAAGGUGCACAUGUUAAUAUUGGAAUGGGACAUAAAUUUUUAAAGCACAUAGAAAGAACAAAGUUACUUUUAUUUAUCGUAGAUAUUCAAGGUUUCCAAUUGUCCGUACAUAGUCUUUAUAGAACCUUUUUAGACACAGUUAUCUUACUAAACAAAGAAAUUGAACUAUACAAACCAGAUUUAUUAAAUACACCUUCUAUGCUUAUAAUAAAUAAGAUGGAUACAAAUAAUGCUGAUAAAAUUUAUGCUGAUAUAAAAGAUAAAUUGGAAGAUUUACCAAAUGUUGCUUCAGAAUAUCCUGAGGAAAUAAGACCUGAUCAUGUUAUAGAAUUUGAUGAUAUUGUGACAGCAUCAUUAGCUUUAAAAAAGAAAAAUGAAAUAGAAAUGAUUAAAGAGAAAAUACGAAAUAUACUUGAUAUUAAUCAAGAAAAAGAAUUAAUAUCAAAAAAAGAAAUUGUAUCUAAUUCUGAUUUACAUGAAAAACUAAAACAGCAAGUAAAGCAAAUUGGACCUACACUUGUAUAAAUUUUUUUUUAAAAUCUUCUAGAUUAAUAAAAGACAACUUUAUAUAUAAGUAAAAUAAUUAUUAUAUAUUAAAUAUACAUUCAAUACAUAUAACUUACAUAGUUGAAUUCAUAGCAAGUUUUUCUUCUAUCUUUAUUCGUUUGCAUUUUAAUUUUGAAAGUUGUACUCUUUCUGUCCAAUCUUCUCCUAUGGCUGCUUUUGUUUCUACAGUUACAUUUUUAAUCUCGCUUUCAUUUCUGAGUAUAUCAAUACCUGAAAUCCAUUUUUCUACUCCAUUCCAAGCUAUCAUGACACCAUUAUCAGUACAUAAUCUUGGUGGUGUCCUAACAAGCUUAUAGUUUAGUUCAGAACAUAUAAUAUCUAAAGCUUUUGCUAUAAAAUUAUUACAUGCAACACCUCCUGAUAUUACCUAUAAUCAUAUCAGUUAUAUAAUUGAAAAAUUACUGAAUUGAAUCAGAUAAAUGUAUACUUACCAAUGUUCGUUUAUCUUCAGGAAUUAAAUUAAUGUAAUCAAGAAAUUCUAUUGCUCUUUGAGUUUUAUGACAGAGAUGUUUUGUAAUUGCAAAUUGAAGGCUAGCACAUAAAUUAUAAA